CUGGUGGACGCUGGUAGCCAGUGGUCGACGCUGUUUAGGAUGACCGCUGGCAAGUGCGAGCUUCAUUUUUGAUGUUGUGAGUUCUCAUCGAAAUAUCCUCACACAAAACACUGGGGCAAGAUGGCAGAAGCUCACGCAGCAGUUGCCUUCUCCUUCUCUGUGACUCCCGAUGGAGAGCUCGAUGUCAACUUCAACCGUGACGUCCUUCGAGCUGUCUGGGAGAGUGGCAUACGCUCGUGGAGAAGGCGCUUCGAAAGGUUCAAGAACCGGGUGCAUAAUGGUGCCUAUCCAGCCUCGCCCAUGAGCUGGUUGUUUGGAGUCACCUUCAUCCUCGCCCUAACACUUGCCCAGUAUGACGUCUCCUUCGGUCUUGUCCGCAAAAUAGAGCAUAAUUUGCCCAUGGUGAUGGAUAUCUCUGCACCAUAUGACCUGUAUCUCAGCUGCAUCAUCUCGGCCACGAUCCUCUGGAUGGCCAUGAUAUACCUUAUGAAGUGGUUCAUCAUGAAACUCCUCCAGUACCACGGCUGGAUGUACGACCCUAGGGGAAAGAUGACCAUCAAGACCAAGAUCUGGCUGGGUAUGAUGAAAUUCGUUGGACAUCGCAAGGCUCAACUGUACAGCUGGCAGGGAUCGUUACCAAAGCUUCCGGUGCCAAGUCUCGAGGGUACCAUGACGAGAUAUCUAAAGUCAGUGCGUCCACUACUCAAUGACUCUGAGUAUGAACGCAUGAGUCUACUCGUUGAAGCCUUCAAGAGUGGCAUUGGCAAGAAACUCCAGUUCUACCUCUACCUUAAACAUUGGUGGUCUCCCAAUUAUGUUGCUGAUUGGUGGGAGGAGUAUGUGUACCUGCGAGGUAGAUCCCCUAUCAUGGUCAACAGUAACUUCUAUGGUCUGGAUGCCAUCUUGGUGCAGCCCUCCUCUGUCCAGGUGGCACGUGCCGCCAAUGUCAGCCAUGCUUUCCUCACGUUCAUGAACCUCAUCGACCGGGAACAACUCCAGCCCAUCUAUGUCAAUAAGACUGUGCCCCUCUGCUCGGCCCAGUAUGAGAGGAUGUUCCAGACAACUAGGAUCCCAGGUAUCGAAACCGACAUGCUCGUCCACGUUCAGGAGAGUAACCACUUCACCGUCUACCACCAGGGACGUUACUUCAAAGUCUAUUUCAAACAUAAGGGACGUCUGCUCAAACCAUGUGAGAUUGAAGUUAUGCUGCAGCAGAUCGUGGACAACAAAUCUGAACCGAGCACCGGUGAGGAGCACUUGGCUGCCUUGACAGCCGGCGACCGCACACCUUGGGCCAAGGCAAGGAAGCAGUUCUUCUCCAAGGGAGUCAACAGGACUUCACUGGAUGCUAUUGAAAAGGGUGCAUUUGUAUUGGCUCUUGAUGAAGAUGAGCAAACAUAUGAUCCAGAAGACCACACAAAGCUUGACAACUACUGCCGGGCGAUGUUGCAUGGCAAGGGAUACGAUCGCUGGUUUGACAAGUCCUUCACGCUCGUUGUCUGUAAAAAUGGGCGGAUUGGCUUCAACGGUGAACAUUCGUGGGCAGACGCCCCCAUUCUAGGACACCUGUGGGAGUACUGCAUGGGCGCGGACGUCGUAGACGGAGGAUAUGAUGACAGUGGCCAUACUCUUGGGAAAGUUGUCACGAAGCCACCUCAUCCCAUCCGACUGCAGUGGGAGAUGAACGAGGAGUGUGUCGAGGUGAUUGAGACAAGCCUUGCCCAGGCGACCAAGCUUCUCAAUGACGUAGAUCUGCACUUGUUAGUCCAUGAUGAAUUUGGUAAAGGCUUCAUGAAGAAGUCCAGAACAAGUCCUGAUGCAUUUAUACAGUUAGCUCUGCAACUUGCGUACUUCAGGGAUGCUGGGAAGUUUUGCCUGACAUAUGAAGCAUCAAUGACCAGGUUCUUCCGUGAAGGACGGACAGAGACUGUCAGGUCCUGCACCAAUGAGUCCUCAGCCUUCGCUAAAGCUAUGGAGGACACCACCAAAACCAACAAAGAGCGUAUCGCCCUUAUGAAGGAAGCAGCCAAUUCUCACCAGGAUGGCUACCGUGACGCCAUGUCUGGCAAGGGCAUCGACCGCCAUUUGUUCUGUCUGUAUGUCGUCUCAAAGUAUCUUGGCAUCGAGACGCCAUUCCUGAAGGAGGUACUCAGCGAGCCAUGGAGGCUUUCAACCAGCCAGACCCCACAUCAGCAGACGGACAAACUCGACUUGGUGAAACAUCCUAACUACAUCUCGGCCGGCGGAGGAUUUGGUCCAGUUGCUGACGAUGGUUAUGGCGUGUCCUAUAUCAUCGCUGGGGAAGACUGUAUAUUCUUCCAUAUCUCAUGCAAAAACAGUUGUUCAACGACGAAUUCUCUGAGGUUUGGAAAAGUAAUCAAGAAAUCUCUCGCCGACAUCAAAGCCUUAUUCGAAGAGAAUUGAUGACCAAGAUUCCUAGGGAUUAUUGUGUAAAUAUGAAUUGCCAAUGUCAAAUCCAGUACUAAAAGACUAGACAUUCCAGAUCGGAUAUUAUGCAAAUCGGAUGAUAAUGGAUAAUGGACAACUCAUGCAAGUCUGUUGGCGGCGUUCAGUUGUUGAGAACCAAAGGAUUUUUUAACAAUUAUUCAAAGUUUACUGAAUGAUGCAUGUACAGAUAUAUACCAAUAUGUCAAUGGAUGGAGAUAAGUUUAGAUCAUUCUAGAGUCAUUGUAUUUGGAUAAAUCAGCUGUAAGAGUCAUGAAAAUAUUUUAUUGUUACAUUUUAGAUCUAUCAUAGCAGUUAAAACGAUACUCUUGCUGAUUUCUUGCAGGUGUCAGAUUUACAAUCUCCUCGCCACAUUCCUGUCAAUGUGGCCAACAAGUCCUGAUAUGUCUGCUAGAUCACCCCGUUACGAUUAACCUCCGAUAUAUGUUUUCAUGAUCUCUUACUGGCAUCGUUAAAAUAUGUUUAAAUUGUUAGUUAUUUACACCAAAAAGUUAAAUGUUACAAAGAGUGGGCAUAUAAGUAUUGUUAUGAAAUAUAGGGAAAUUGGUGAAAAGGGAGUGUCUUAUCGGUGGUCAUUUUAUUGUGUGCAUAACACAGUAGAGUCUGCCUUUAGAUGAGCAGCCUAUGUAGGUCUGCUGGGUAGAUCAUAUCAACUUCUCAACCCUCUGGCUGCUAAUGCUCAACAUGCCAGAUGUUGAAGUUAGUGAGUGCAUCAACAUAAAAUACCAAAAUGUCCGUUGGCAAACAAAAGAUGAGGUGGAAAUGUAUCUGUGUGCAUGUGCUACCAAUAUGACAGAGGUUUCAUUUUCAACAGUCCGAGUUAGUCAAAAAAUCUCAAUACAACUUCUUGUUGCAUUUCUCAUUCCGUUUUAAUAGCAUUAGUAGUGCUGUUUGCAAGUGACCUCUCUGGUUGUGUGUUGUCUCAUAUACUUCUACAACUGUCCUAGAAUACGACGUGCAUUUGGCGUGCAUUGUCAUUGCAUCAUCUUGUUUUUCUCACUGACAUCUACCAUCUUCAUGGCUUUAGGUUGUGUAGCGUGGUAGAAGUCAAAGCUUGUCUGUCAGAUUGUGCACAGCACGUCAGUUACAUGUGUGUUUGAAGUUUUUACAGGAGGAUGUGUACUAAUAGGUUUGGUGUAUAUAAUACUUUUAUUAGAGAAGCAUAUCAUUGCGAUGUUUUAAGAUCUUUUUGGGAAUAAAACACAGGUUUUAGA